CGAGUCAGUAAGCUGUGAACGAUCGGACGCGCUAGAUCGCAUAAGUGGCCGCGUCGUAGAGAGCCGGACUCCGCCUCGAUAGGGAUAGGAUAGGGAGAGGAGCGAACGUGUGUAGUAGGCAAUAGGCAACACCAGGGGAGACAGCGGAACACACGGCCGAAGAGUUCCAAAUCCGGGGUGUUACGGUGUUGACAUUUGUUUUCUCGGAUAUUGUUAGAGGCGGUUUUAAAAAUAGCGAAGAUCCAAUUCUAGAAUAGUGACCCCAAACGACGACAACGAAGACAACGACGACGACGACGACGUUCGAAGAGAUCAAUUAGUGCUGGAAUCAUCAUAAAAAACCGUUGGAGUGUUUGGAAGGCAAAGUGUCGUGUCGGGAAUAAGUGUCGCAAGUCCGCAAGUACGGAGUCAGUGCAAAAGUGUUCAAAAAAAAACAAGCGCGCUGUUCUGAGACAGCAACACAACCAGUUACAGUUGGCAGUUGUGGCAGUUCAAAUUUCAGCUGAGGACAGCAGCCGCCUAAAGCUGGCUACGAUUUGCUGCUAGGAGUAGCCCGGAGAGAGCCCUUGGCCUAGGGCUUCCGCGGGGCGGCCACCACCACUAUGGGCACCCCAGUGAAAUGGUUAAUCACAACCACGCUUCUAGUAUGGUUCGCGCAUCACACAUAUGCGCAAUUUUGGCAAGAUUUGACCGGAGGCGUGGGCCUAUUUAAUCGCAACGAACGAGAAUACGCGCGACCACCAGCACAGCCUUACAUCGACCCCAGUUACAAUGUGAUAGACACGGUCAGCGGUGCCCAGGGUCCACCGACGAAGAACUGCACCGGAAGCGGAUGCUGUACGCCGAAAUGUUUUGCCGAAAAGGGAAAUCGUGGCUUCCCAGGUCCACCGGGUUUGCAAGGCCCCAAGGGCAUGCAGGGAUUCCCCGGUGCGGAAGGUUUGCCCGGUAGCAAAGGAGCCAAAGGUGAACCCGGACCAAUGGGACCGAUCGGAUUGAAAGGUGAUCGUGGCCGCAAUGGGCUGCCUGGAUAUCCAGGUGUACCCGGAACCAAUGGCUUACCUGGUGCGCCAGGUGCCCCCGGUAUCCCCGGUGUGGACGGAUGCAACGGCACCGAUGGUCUGCCGGGUUUGCCUGGUUUGAAGGGCGAGCCUGGUCCUCGAGGCUAUCCUGGUCUACGGGGUGACAAGGGAGAAAAAGGCGAGGCAGCACGUGAUCCAGAAAAUUACAACAAAGGCCAAAAGGGAGAACCUGGUCUAGAUGGCGCAGAAGGACCACAAGGUCGUCAAGGAGAGCCCGGAGAACGAGGAUCCGAAGGACGCCCGGGCCAACAAGGAAAUCCAGGCACACACGGCGAAAAAGGUGACAAAGGCUUGAAGGGUUUCUGCAUAAAAGGACAGAAAGGUGAAAAGGGUGUCAAGGGAGCGGAAAUUCAGGAAACUAUCGGGGAGACAACAUACACCGGGCCCCAAGGUCAAAAAGGCGAUAAAGGUGAUGAAGGCCUACCUGGACUAUCCGGAGAAAAGGGUCAAGCCGGAGACCGCGGACCAGGCGGAGAUCGGGGUCUCAAGGGCGAAAAGGGUUUACCGGGUCAACCAGGUCCUAGAGGACGUGAUGGUAAUUUCGGACCCGUUGGUUUGCCUGGUCAAAAAGGUGACCGCGGUAUCGAAGGUCUACACGGAUUGAAGGGAAUGCCAGGACCGAAAGGUGAUUCAGGAAAAGAUGGCUACCCGGGAUUACAAGGUCUUCCUGGACCUCCGGGUCCACCAGGUGGUGGUGAAGGUCGUCCUGGCGCUCCCGGUCCGAAAGGUCCACGCGGCUACCCAGGUCCCCCGGGUCCCAAAGGAAUUGACGGUUUCCCUGGAGAUCCAGGACCACGAGGACAAAUUGGUCCAAAAGGAGGACAAGGUAUCCCCGGUCGUCCAGGCCCAGAAGGUUUCCCCGGCGAAAAAGGUGAAAAAGGAGAACCCGGAGCGAUCGGUUUACCAGGACCACAAGGUACACGAGGAUUCCCAGGUGCACCUGGAGCUGAGGGUCUUCGAGGAGAAACUGGUGAACCCGGUGUUGGUAUUCCCGGCCAGAAAGGUAACGCCGGAAUGGCUGGUUUUCCAGGAUUGAAAGGACAAAAGGGAGAACGUGGCUUCAAAGGUCUAAUGGGUGCCCCUGGUGAUGCAAAGGAAGGUCGCCCUGGUCUACCAGGUAGAGCAGGACGUGACGGCGAAAAGGGAGACGCUGGAAGACCCGGCCUUCCAGGGGUGAAAGGUGAACGUGGAGAAAAAGGAGACAUUGGAGGACGCUGUUCUGAUUGUCGACCAGGAAUGAAGGGAGAAAAGGGAGAACGUGGAUAUGACGGCACUGCUGGACGUCCUGGAUCUCCUGGUCCUGCAGGUGAACGUGGUUAUCCCGGUGAAAUGGGACUUGACGGAAGCCCUGGUUUGCGAGGUGCACCUGGAUUCAAGGGUGAGCCUGGACUACCAGGUAAUCCGGGAUCUGACGGAGAACGGGGUGAAUCGGCAAUCGUUGAUUUGAGCCAAGUAAAGCCUGAGAAAGGAGACAAAGGCAUGUCAGGUGAAGCCGGACUUCCUGGUAUCAAAGGAGAACGAGGUGAUCUGGGUAGCCCUGGUCCUAUCGGACCAAGAGGACCAGCUGGUCCCAAAGGUGACAAAGGGCGACCAGGAGAACCUGGUAUCGAUGGAACUCCGGGAGCACCAGGUCGAGACGGUACUCCAGGAAAACACGGCGAAUCGAUCCGAGGUGAACCAGGAUUGAAGGGUAAUCCUGGAUAUGUGGGAGAAAAAGGUGACAAGGGUAUUGUAGGUUUGAAGGGUGAACCUGGCAGAUGUGCCAGUAUUCCAAAGAACCUGGAAGAAGCUAUCAAAGGGCCGCCUGGAUCUCCUGGCGAAAAAGGUUUCAUGGGUCCACAGGGUAUUCGAGGGGAAAAGGGAGACAAGGGUGAUCGUGGUUUGACUGGGCUCGGUGGAUCUCAGGGUCCACAAGGUCCACCUGGUCCAGUUGGCCCAAGAGGUUUGCCAGGUCCACGAGGUGAAAAGGGUAGUCCAGGUCCAAUGGGAUUCCCAGGAAAUCCUGGAAAAGACGGUGGACCGGGAAUUCCGGGUCUACCGGGUCCAAAGGGUACUAAAGGUGAUCCAGGAUUGUCAAUGGUUGGUCCACCUGGUCCUAAAGGUAACACUGGUUUGCGUGGUCCGAAGGGAGAUCGCGGAGGUUCAGGCGAUCGUGGGGAUCCUGGACCACCGGGCAUUGUUGGAUAUCCUGGAGAAAAGGGAGACGCUGGUAUUGCAGGCAUUCCAGGUUUACCGGGGCAAGUCGGUCCCAAAGGUGAACCAGGUCCAAAAGGUCCCGCUGGUCUUCCAGGUGCUCCAGGUCGGCCAGGUAUUGAUGGCGUGAAAGGAUUGCCCGGGUUGAAGGGGGAUAUUGGUGCACCUGGUGUCAUUGGAUGGCCUGGACAGAAAGGUGAUACAGGUCCUCCCGGUAAUGAUGGUUCCAAAGGAUUCCAAGGUCGUAAAGGUGUUCAAGGAUUACCAGGUGCUCCUGGAUUGCCAGGCUUGCAAGGACCGAAAGGAGAACGUGGCGACAAAGGAGACAAAGGUGAAUACGGUCUUUCAGGUGCUCCUGGUUUGGUGGGCCCUCCAGGUCCUCCAGGCCCUAAGGGAGACAAAGGAUUAUUAGGUCCUCCAGGUUUGGAUGGUUUGACAGGACUUCCUGGUGAGAAGGGUGAUCGUGGUUAUACUGGUCCACCUGGACCAGUUGGUGAGCCUGGAUCUUCAUCUGAAAAGGGACAAAAGGGUGAGCCGGGAGCUCCCGGGUUGCGUGGAAUUGAUGGACGACCAGGCCUGAAUGGUGUUCCUGGAGCAAAGGGAGAACCUGGAUUGCCAGGAUAUGGAAGACCUGGAGCGCCUGGCGAGAAAGGUGAUCGUGGUAAUUCAGGUAUGGAUGGUUUAGCCGGUCUUGAUGGACAAAAAGGAGAUGCUGGCGUUACCGGAUUCCCAGGUAUCAAGGGUGAUAAGGGCAGUGCUGGUCUCCCAGGAAUUCCAGGAUCUCCAGGUAUGGAUGGACAACCAGGCCCUGAAGGUGUUCCCGGCCUUAGAGGUCUAGAUGGAGAGAAGGGCUCUAAAGGUGAGGUUGGUCGCAUUGGAGAACGUGGUGAUCGUGGUGACAAGGGUGACAUGGGUCCACCAGGACCUCCUGGCUACAUGGGGCUUAAAGGUGAGCGAGGUAUUCCCGGAGAACGAGGAACUCCAGCCACUGUUCAGGAUGUCAAGGGAGAUAAGGGUGAAACUGGGUUGCCAGGAGCUCCUGGUCUGCCAGGCAAAGUUGGAGUCCCUGGUUUGGUUGGAGAGAUGGGAAUGAAGGGAUCACAGGGUGUGCAAGGACAACCAGGAUUCCCAGGUCCCCCAGGAUUGCCAGGUCUACCAGGAAUGAAGGGUGAUCUUGGACCAAUAGGCGAGAAAGGUGAACCAUGCCCAGUUGUGAAAGGUGAAAAGGGUCUCCCCGGUAGACCUGGUAAGAAUGGUAGAGAUGGUGGCCCAGGACCCGUCGGAGAAAAGGGAGACAAAGGACUACCUGGAUUAACUGGUCCUGAAGGUCCUCCUGGAUUGCCUGGCCCACUUGGACGACAAGGUGAAAAGGGUGAUCGAGGUGACUCUGGCAUUGAAGGACGACCAGGAAAAGACGGAAUGCCCGGACCGCAAGGAUUGAAGGGCGAUCGUGGAUUCCCAGGAGAGAAGGGCAAUCCAGGACCACCUGGCUUCCCUGGACCUCAAGGUGAGAAGGGUGACAGAGGUCGAGAUGGUCGCGAUGGUUUCAAUGGCCCACAAGGUCCUAAGGGCGACCGUGGUUUACAAGGCCCGGAGGGAGCCCCUGGAUUAGUUGGAGUAUUCGGUGAGAAGGGUGACCGAGGUGCUAGAGGUCUGCCUGGUUUGGAUGGUGCACCAGGUGAAAAGGGACAGAAGGGUGAAACUCCUCUGUUGCCUCCACAGCGUAAGGGACCUCCUGGUCCACCUGGUUUCGACGGUCAAAAGGGUGAGAAGGGUCUUCCGGGUCUUCAAGGUCCGCCGGGUAUCCCGGGAGCUCCUGGAGCACCAGGUGAAAUGGGAAUGCGAGGACUUGAAGGUGCACGUGGUUUGCAGGGUAUUCGAGGAGAAAUUGGUAUGGAAGGUCGUCCUGGUCGCGACGGUUUCCCUGGAAUUCCUGGAGCUAAGGGUGAACCAGGAGCUCCUUGUUCACCUGCUCCUGAUUAUCUCACUGGAAUUCUGCUCGUUAGGCACAGUCAGUCUGAGGAAAUUCCUCAGUGUGAUGAGGGUCAUGUCAAGCUUUGGGACGGUUAUUCUUUGCUAUACGUCGAUGGCAACGAUUAUCCACAUAAUCAAGAUUUGGGUUCAGCUGGUUCAUGUGUUCGUAAGUUCUCAACACUGCCAAUUCUGGCUUGUGGUCAGAAUAAUGUGUGCAACUAUGCCUCGAGAAACGAUAGGACAUUCUGGUUGUCGACGUCGGCUCCGAUUCCGAUGAUGCCUGUGACUGAACAUGAGAUGCGUCCGUACAUUUCACGUUGUACAGUUUGCGAAGUUCCGUCCAACGUGAUCGCGGUGCACAGUCAGUCGCUGGCGAUACCAACCUGUCCGAAUGGCUGGGAGGGUCUGUGGAUCGGUUACAGUUUCUUAAUGCACACUGCCGUUGGUCAUGGUGGCGGUGGACAGUCUC